AUGACACCUGGAGAACUAGCCCUUGCAAGUGGCAACCCCACUCCAGUUACCCAGUUCAUCUUGUUGGGAUUCUCCAGUUAUCCAGAUCUCCAGGAGCUUCUAUUUGUAACCUUCCUGUUCAUUUAUGCCAUCACGGUGUUAGGCAACCUGGGAAUGAUGGCGCUCAUCUUCACGGACUCCCGUCUCCAUAGCCCCAUGUAUUUCUUCCUCAGUGUCCUCUCUUUUCUUGAUAUUUGUUACUCUUCUGUAGUCACACCCAAGCUCUUAGCCAACUUCCUGGCCUCUGACAAGACCAUCUCUUUCGAGGGCUGUGUGGUCCAGCUGACCUUCUUUGUGGUGCAUGUGACAGCUGAGAGCUUCCUACUGGCCUCCAUGGCCUACGACCGCUUCGUGGCCAUCUGCCAACCCCUCCAUUACAGUUUGGUCAUGACCAAGGAGACCUGUCUCCAGCUGGUAGCUGCUUCCUAUGCAUUUGGUGGCGCCAACUCUGUUAUCCAGACUGGGAAUGUCUUUGCUCUGCCUUUCUGUGGGCCCAACCAGGUAACACACUACUUCUGUGACAUCCCACCCCUUCUCCGUCUGGCUUGUGCCAACACAGCCACAGCAGGAGUGGUCCUCUAUAUCUUCUCUGCUCUGGUUACCCUUCUGCCUGCUGCAGUCAUCCUCACCUCCUACAGCUUGGUCUUGGUGGCCAUUGGGAGGAUGCGCUCAGCAGCUGGACGGGAAAAAGCCCUCUCCACCUGUGCCUCCCACUUCCUGGCCAUUGCCAUUUUCUAUGGCACUGUAGUUUUCACCUAUGUCCAGCCUCAUGGAUCCACUGAUACCUAUGGUCAAAUAGUGUCCGUGUUCUAUACCAUCACAAUUCCCAUGCUCAACCCCUUCAUCUACCGCUUCCGCAACAAGGAGGUGAAGGAGGCCCUGCAGAGGAAGCUCCGGGUCAGUAUCUUUCCCUGCUGA